AUGGGCUGUUUUUGUUCAACAAUGAAUCGUAUUUAUGUUCAACCAUUAUUUACUGCAACGGAUAUAUCAUGUUUAACUCAAUCAUGGAAUAUUUUAAAAAAUCAUGAUAUUAUUAAAUUUGCUGAUGAAGUUCUUAUAAAAGGUAUGCAUCGUAGUUCUAAUCUUCGACAAUUUUGGACAUCAAGAAUGGUUAUUGAUAGUAAUAAUUAUGAUUAUAGUCAAGGUGAAUCAUGUUUAAGAACUGAUUUAAGUUGGCUAAUUGGAUUACGUGAGCAUAGUAUUCAUUUUACAAUGACAUUUGAUAAACUCAUAUCAUCUAUUAAUGAUGAAAAACUUCUUUUAAUACAAAUUCAAUCACUUCAACUAUUACAAAAUAUAUCGACACUUGAAUAUGAUUCAUUAAUAAUAUUAAAACAAUGUAUAAUAGAAACAAUUCGUGAACGUUUUCAAAUGUUUAAAUAUAAUUUUGUAAUUGAUUAUGAUCAAGCAUGGAAUAAAUUUUUAUCAUUUAUUAUUAAAUAUUUAUUAGAAAAAAAGGAUAAAAUUCGAGGACCUACAAAAAUUAUUAUAUCACCUGCAACAAAUAUAGAUCAAACAUCAAGUAAUAAAUAA